GUGUUUUGCUCUUCUUCUUCUUCCCUGCAGCCGGCAACAAAACCCAGCCACCACCGACAGCCCUCCCUUGAAGAAAAACCGGUAAAAGCUUGGGGAUUUCUCCUUCUUUUCUUGCUCUAGAACACAUAUAGAACCCAAAAACUAUCCCCCUUGCAGAAAAUUUCCAGAUCUGCUCUGCUCUGUCUUCACCAUCGGUUGCUAUGUGGGUGGGUGAUUUUUGGGCUUUUUUCGCCCGUGAGUUCCCUGCAGAUCCCAUCGGCUCUUCCCCAAACCCGCCAGCUCCAGCCUUGCUUGCUAAAAUUCUGGAAGCGAAACCGAGGACGGGAAAACCACGAAAAGUGACGAGUUAGAAGGCUAGCCAUUUCGAGAUUGAUAUAGAUUUUAGAAGUAAAUCAUGCUUUUGUAAGAUAGAUUUUACCUUGAGAUUUUGAGCUUAAGUGUUGGACAUAGAAUUAAUUUGAAAUAUAUUAUUUAAGUUAUU